UAUGUAUUCAAUGUAUCUUAUUAAAAUUCGAUUAUAAACCUAACUUUAACCUAAACCAUAUAUUUAUACUUAAAUUUAAAUUACGAUCAAAAAGCACAUUAUUUUUUUUUUCAUAAAUGUUUACAAUAGGCCUGUAGCCAAUUCUGACUUUGUGGCUGUGGCAACUAGUGGAAACCCGCAGGGAGGUCUAGGAGGCGGGGACAUUUUCAGGUUGGGUACCGAUUAUCAAUUUUGGAACUGGGACUCGUUUCGUAGGAUCUAACCGUUAGGCAACAGGCAGUCUUCACAUCCCGUUAGCUAGUUUAUGCAUUGAAUGAGAUAGAUGUAAUAGAAACGCAGCGAUAGACACGCAUAGAUGACAUGACAUAAGGGAAACGUUGAAAGAUAGAGCUAGAAAUUAGGUGCUCUAGCCAACAAUACGGCGAGACGGAGCGCUAUACAAGUGAAGUGAACCAACAGUGGCAAAGAGUCCAACUUGAUAUUGGAGGACGCAGUAUGCCUCUGGAACAGGCUUGUCUCAGUGGGCGAGAGCCACGUGCAUCCAGUAAGAAUGCAGAAGACAGGAGCAACACUGCCACCCUGCUGGCCUCAAGGAGUAUUGCGGACACAGAGUCCAACAGAAGAGGCUCUCGCUGCGGAUCUGAAAAAGAUUCUGGAUAUUCGGACAACAACAGCUGCACAGACUGGCUCCAUGCGGAUAGAGAGGACCAGGGCAGCAGCGUGAGUGAGCCCAGGGGAAGGGAGGGUCUCCAGAGCCAAGUCAAUCCCGAGCAGGCCCCUCUCCAGGGGAAUCACACCCUGGUCCCCAGCCCCGGAAGCCCCGACCUCACCCCCAUAUUCAUCAUCAGGAACGUGGUGCUCAAACAGAAUGGCUCAGACCAUCACCUCCAGAACCAGCUAAACUGGGAGAACAGGGGAGGAAGCUCCAAUGACUCUGUCCCAUGUCAUGUGAUCCUGGUCCAGCAGCCCAGUGAAGCUUCGGCCGCAUCCCCAAACCCCAACAGAACACAGUCCUGGAGAUCUGACAGCACAGCUAUGAAAACAAAAAGCAGAACCUACCUGCCCAUUCUUAAGUCCUACCCUCGUAUCGCUCCCCAUCCCAGUAAGAAGCCAUCAGACAUAACCCCAGUGGACCCCCUUGGUAAGGGGACUGGCAGGGAGGACCAGAGCCAGGACAAGAGGAUGUGUACAGAGGACAAGAGGGAUGAGGUGUCCACUACUACUCACUUACUGACACCAUCCAGAAAACAUGUCCGCAAGCAGCCAGACCCCAAGAGAAGCUUGUCCCACUGGAGGAGCCCUGCCUCCUCCCGCUCCCCCAGCCCCCGCUCUCCCUCCACACCUUCCAGCUUUGUCUCCCGCUCUAUGCCCAGCUCCGACACCACCACUGCCUCCUCCUACUCCUCUUCCGGUGGCUCCUCUCCUCUCUCGGCCAGGAGGUGGCCUAGCGGGCACGGUCCAGGCCUGUCCCUGUUCAGUGCGGCGCGCGACAGGCGCUUCCUGAACACGGUGGGCAUCCUAAGCCAGUCAGGCCUGCUUGACAUCACGCUGCGCACCCAGGACCUCCUCCGCCAGAGCAACGCCACAGACCGAGAUAUCGCUCAGCUCCGCCAGCACACACAGCUGCUGUACCAGGCCGCCAACCACCAAAACAACAACCCCUAUAACAAUGACCCUGAUAAUAACGACCCCAAUGCCAACGCGGGCUGGGAGAGGAUACGCCAGGCUAUGGCUCAGUCAGGCUGCUACCCCAGCCUCAAGAACCUGGGGAGGGAAGAGGAUCACAACACUUCUAGUCCAGAGCCAGGAGUGGGAGGGGACCCCAGUUUCAAGAGAGACUCAGUUGACCCUAAUAUUGCCACUCAUACCCACAAUGGGUUGGAGGCCCCGGUCCCACCCUCGUCCCUCCUGGCCCCCAUGUCAGAUAUGCUCCCACAGUACUGCCCUGUUUCCCUGUCACAGCAUUCUCCAGUCAGCGUCACCACGUCCCGCUCUCACUCUGGGCAGGCCAGUGCCAAACCCCCUGAGACAGUCACCAUCAUGCCCCCUGACAGCUCCACCCAUGGUGGUCUUCUCUAGCACCUGACCAAGGAAAGGCAGGGCACCCGGCCAGUUUGUAACCCUCUAACAGUCACUUCACUUCAGCUCCAACGAAAUUCCUAGAGUGGCUGAGGGGAAGAGGUUGAAGGUUUAAUGACGCGUGAGACAAUGUCGACAGAACGGCACUAUGCCACGCUGUAUAUUUCUGCACAGCGUCUGAGUACUACUCAUUGCCUGCCAUAAGAACUCAGCUUCACCUUGCCUUUCAGUGAGCUGAAUAUCAAGACGUGCUUUUGUAUGAACUUCACUACGUAGAGAGAAAUUAUACUGACAAUGUACAUUCUUUUUGUAUUUGCCAUAUAUAAAACAGACUGACCAGGUAAAUUCAGGUGAAAGUUAUGAUCCCUUAUUUAUGUGAUCUGUUAAAUACACCUCAAUCAGUUAGUGUAGAUGAAGGGGAGAACACCGGUUAAAGAAGGAUUUUUCAGUGCCUUUGAAUAUUUAAGUGCCUUUGAACAACAGGCUAUGGUAGUAGGUACCAGGCGCACUGGUUUGAGUGUGUCAAGAACUGCAACGCUGCUGGGUUUUUCACGCUCAACAGUUUCCCAUGUGUAUCAAGAAUGGUUCACCACCCAAAGGACAUCCAGCCAAAUUGACACAACUGUGUGAUACAUUGGAGUCAACAUGGGCCAGCAUCCGUAUGGAACGCUUUCCACUCCUUGUAGAGUCCAUGCCCUGAUGAAUUGAGGCUGUUCUGAAGGCACAAGGGGGUGGAACUCAAUAUUCCUAAUGUGUUGUACACUCUGUGUAUAACCGUAUCGUAUGGUGAAAGAUGUCAUUGAAACAUAAAAGGCUAUAUCUCAUUCAGGAUCUUGGAGAUCCGACCAGGGAAUUAUGUAUUAACAUUGGUCUUUGAUUGUUUUAGUAUUGACAACAGCAGGUGUGUAUGUGUUUGCUUGUUUAUUUUUUUAUCUACUUUAAUUUGUGUUUUUAGAUAAGCAUCAUUUUGUGGGGAAUUCACCAAUGUUUCUGAUGUCUAAUAAGUAUUAUGAAAAUUGUAAUUGAGGUAAAGCACUAAUUUACGUAACAAAAAUGCUAUUAGUUAAAGAGUUGCUUUAUAUUGGCCCAAAAUGGUCUUUCAUAAUAAGAAACUGACAGAAUGAGAUGACCUUUUAGUAGUGACUACAACUGCUACCAUGUAAACUGGAGUGACUUCAGGAAGUACGUCAUGAGCUGCCAGUAACCCAUGUUAAGCCUUGAGCCGGGACAGUUGAAAGAACAUUGUGUUUUGUUUAGUACAAUGACAAUCUGCAUUGUCUCUCGGUUGCUCGCUCUGUGCUUGGGCUAUGUUCUUUCAAAUGUAUUGUGGUGACACACUGUUCAAAUAUGGAACAUGAUGACACUGUAUUGAAACAUACGCCAUUGUUCAUUAUCAAUGGUAUUCUCUCAACAUGUUGGUAAGGAUACAAGAGUCCAGAUAGGUGUUGUGUUAAGAUAAAUGAUCAGUAUACCAAGAACUUUGACACAGAAGUGUUUCUAGGUGUGUGUCAGUUAAUUUGUCUGUGGUCUCCCCUGCUGCGGCCAUGAGUAUCUCCAUCUCUGCUCCAGAGGUCAUGUGCUCCGGCUUAGUCUUUCUAUUCCCGGGUCAACCGGAGGUCAUGGUCCAGCCGACAGGUGGAGGAAAUGCUGGUGAGUUGAGGGGAAAGUCAGCACAACUUUAAUGUUUAAUGAUUUAAGUGAGUUAGUUGGUUUCUUCAAUACUUUAUGGUCAUUUUGCAGUGAAUAAAUUAUACCUACCCACUCAGUUUACAAAAAUAAUUUCAGAUCUAUAAGUCUUCCAAUUUGAUCCUUUAAACAUUAUUAUCCUAUGACCAAUCCAUGAAGAAAACCAUUUUUGAACACCAGUCACAGGUCAGUCACACUCUCACCUGUAAGACUGCCUGUCCCGGUGCAGAUCUGUAGCAGGGCCCCCACGGGGACCAGGGCGAUGGAGGAGAGGGCCAACAGCCAGCCCAGAAAAUACACCCAUCCUGGGCACACAUACCAGCGGUUGAAGGUCAGGUGCUGGUACUCCACCAGAGAGCAGAUAAAUUACACCUGGGAGAGACGAGAGGAAAUUAGGAUUUCUUCAACAUCAAGAUAUACUUUUAACAUUUAAAGUAACUCCAAAUCAGUUGUUUUUGUUGCUGUUGAGAACACUACCAUCAUUUCAUACCUCGAAGACGUGAGCAUGUGAAUAGUUGCUUGUGUAAAGCAAGUGUAUGUUUGUAAAUGUAAGUUUUAUAUAUAUUUUAUUGGACAUGAAAGAGGACAUACAAUCAUUGACAGAAAUGUAUUCCAAGUUAGUUCACAAGCGUUUCGCUACACUCGCAAUAACAUCUGCUAAACACGUGUAUGUGACCAAUAAAAUUUGAUUUGAUUUGA